AAGAAAAUAGUUGAGACUGUUACAGAAACAAGAUCAAAGAGAAAAAAAAUAUCCCAAAACCAAAAACAAAGGAAGAAGAAGAAGAAGAAGAAGAAGAAGAAGAUGCCUUCAAGCACAUUCUCCGGUACCGUGAGCACACCGAAGCUAUCGGUGGCGGUUGACAUGGGAAACCCUUUUCUCAAUCUCACUGUUGAUGCCUUUCUCAAGAUCGGAGCUGUUGGAAUCACUAAAUCUCUUGCAGAAGAUACUUACAAGGCCAUCGACAAAGGGAGUCUCUCCAAGAGCACUUUGGAGCAUGCGCUUAAGAAGUUGUGUAAAGAAGGUGUUUACUGGGGAGCUGCUGGUGGAGUUUAUAUUGGAACAGAAUACGGAAUCGAACGUAUCCGUGGCAGCAGAGAUUGGAAAAACGCAAUGUUAGCAGGCGCGGCGACAGGAGCAGUGCUCUCUGCGGUUGGUAAGAAAGGCAAAGACACUAUCGUGAUCGAUGCCAUUCUUGGUGGAGCGCUUGCAACCGCUUCUCAGUUCAUUAACAAUCAUUAUUUCUACUGAUUUUCAAUCUUCCUAUAGGGACCAAUUCUGGUUUCCAAAGUUGGUUCAUAUGGUGUGGAUUCCUUUGUUUACUUUGCUCUUUCAAUAAAAAAAACAAUGUAGUGUUUUUGAAUGAAUACAUUUGAGUAUU